AUGGAUACUCUGGUUCAGGAACAUUUGGAUAGAUAUUGGGCUGGUAAACAAAAUGUUGAUGCUUACAAGCUUUCACUGCAUCUUUUACUAACUCUUGCUUGUCGAUUCCUUAUGGGUUAUCAAGACCAUGCUCGUAUCGAAAAGCUUUCAGAUUACAUGAACAACGUUAUGUUUGCUUUGGAUGUUAUUCCAUUGAAAAUCCCAGGAACUUGUUUCUACAGGGGAUUGAAGGCGGCGGAAUCAGUGACGAAAGAGAUUCGGGUGUUGAUCAAGGAGAUGAAAGCAGCCAUGGCUAGUGGAGUUGAGAUGCAGGAUAUAUUUUCGUUCAUGAUUAGUAGACCAGACCCAAGUACAGGGAAAUUUAUGCCGGAAAGUGAUAUUGCUGAUAAAAUGAUGGGUUUGCUCUCUGCUGCAUUUAACUCACCCUGCAUCAAUAUCACUUUCAUUAUGAAGUUUCUUGCCGAAAGACCAGAGAUUUUACAGAAAGUCAGAGAUGAACAAUUUGACGUAGCAAAAUCGAAAAACCAAGGUGAGCCACUCAACUGGGGAGAUAUUCAAAAGAUGAAAUAUUCAUGGAACGUAGCACUAGAAGUAAUGAGACAUAGACCACCAGUUCAAGGUUUCUUUAUAGAAGCUACCACAUAUUUCACUUAUGAAGCUUAUACAAUUCCAAAACGAUGGAAGGUAUGCUGGUCAGUUAGCUCUACAAAUAUGGACCCAGAAUUAUUCCCAGAACCAGAAGUGUUUGAUCCAACAAGGUUUGACACAGGAGCUCCACCACCAUAUUCCAAUGUCCCAUUUGGGAGUGGACCAAGAUCUUGUCCAGGAAAAGACUAUGCUCGCAUGCAAAUUUUCAUUUUUCUACACCAUGUUGUGAGAAGGUUCAAUUGGGAUUUAAUGAAUCUUGAUUGCAAAGUUUUAGGAGGAAUGAAUCCGAUCCCUAUUGAAGGACUUCCUAUUCGCCUCCACAACUACUAA